UUAGCUAAAGAUGUAGCUAACGUUGACGCCUGGAAAACGAUAUCAUAUGAAUGUGAUUUUGCAGCAUGGCGGUGUCUUAGAAACACAAGGAUGGCCAGUAACCCGAUGUUCACUUCGUGUUUUGUAUUUUGACGAACGAUUUCAGAAUUGUCAAAUCUAAUUUAUUGCACUGUAAAUAUUUUUAGCGAUGUACGUUAUGUGAUGGCAGACCAAAGCAUGGAUCUAUCUGCUCUACCUAAACAUGUCAUGGACCAUUUGGCGGAGUUGGAUUUGGAGUUAUCCGAAGGUGACAUUACCCAAAAGGGUUAUGAGAAGAAAAGAGCAAAGCUGCUGGCUCCCUUCGUCCCCCAGACACAAAGUGUGGCUCCAGCCCUACCGGGUGACCAGCGGGCCCCUUGCCCCAGCUCGCCACCUGCUCCAGCUCCCUCUGCCUCCUCUUCCUCCUCCAGCUGCAGCUUCCAUCACUCCCACUGCAGUGGCGGGGCCAGGGAUGACUACUAUCGAUCUGAUAUCCACACUGAAGCAGUGCAGGCAGCCCUGGCCAUGCACAAAGAGGAGGAUAUGGUACUGCCCAUGCCAACCAAACGCCAUUCCACCAAUGUGCACUGCUCAGUAGACAACUCUACCCCUCCUGAUGCAUCUUCAGCCUCAGAGGAUGAGGGCCCUCUCCAUAGGCAGGCAUCCCCCAGUGCAGUGCUCACCCAGAGCCUGCAGAGUCCAGACUACUGGAUCGACCGUCCCCUGCCGGGCUCCUCCACCUCCUCCUCUGCCUCCUCCACACUGUCACAUGGAGAGGAGAAGCCCCAGCCCGCUGUGCUUGCUGAUGUGCUGGCCCACACUCACAUUGAGAACGCCAGUGCGACCCCAGAUGUGAUGCCUUCCACGUCACAGUGCCAGGGGACCCGAGUGGAUCUCCCUCCAUAUGCCCCCGUGCGUGGAAGGAGUUGUGGGCGGAGUCGUUCAUGGAUGAUGGACACAGAACAUGGUGUACCUGUUAACAGCAGGGUGUCCACCAAGAUCCGGCAACUGCUCGACACCCUGAAGCGACCCAAGAGGCCCCCGCUGAGUGAGUUUUUUGUGGACGAUACCGAAGAGAUUGUGGAGGUACCGCAGCCUGACCCCAACACUCCAAGACCUGAAGGCCGUCAGAUCGUCCCGGUUAAGGGAGAGCCCCUAGGCGUGGUCAGUAACUGGCCCCCAGCCCUCCAAGCAGCCCUUGCACGCUGGGGAGCCACACAGGCUAAGAGCCCUGCCCUCACAGCCCUGGACAUCACUGGCAAGACUUUGUACACGCUGACCUACGGUAAACUGUGGAGCCGCAGUGUAAAGCUAGCAUACACCCUCCUCAACCGUCUGGGUACCAAGAAUGAGCAAGUGCUGAAGUCUGGAGACAGGGUAGCGCUAGUCUAUCCCAACAGUGAUCCUGGGAUGUUCUGGGUGGCCUUUUAUGGCUGUCUGUUAGCUGAGGUCAUACCAGUAGCAAUAGAGGUGCCAUUUUCUGGAAAGGAUUCAGGAAGUCAGCAGAUUGGUUUCCUGCUUGGCAGCUGUGGGGUGAGUUUGGCCCUGACCAGUGAAGUGUGUCUGAAGGGACUGCCCAAGACCCACAAUGGAGAAAUACUGCAGUUGAAAGGCUGGCCACAGCUGAAGUGGGUGGUGACUGACACCAAAUACCUGGCAAAGCCCUCCAGGGACUGGCAGCCCCACAUCCCCACUGCCAACACAGACCCUGCCUACAUUGAGUACAAAGCCAGUAAGGAGGGUACAGUGAUGGGUGUGGCUGUGUCUAAGGUUGCCAUGUUGACUCACUGCCAGGCCCUCACACAGGCAUGCAGCUACAGUGAAGGAGAAACGCUGGUCAGCGUACUAGACUUUAAGAAAGACAUGGGCCUUUGGCAUGGUGUCCUCACGAGUGUCAUGAAUCGCAUUCACACCAUCAGUGUCCCCUACUCAGUGAUGAAGGCUUGUCCUCUGUCGUGGGUGCGGAGAGUCCACAUUCACAGAGCUCGGGUUGCCGUCGUCAAGUGCCGUGACCUCCACUGGGCCAUGAUGGCUCACCGGGACCAGCGGGACACCAACCUGGCCUCCCUUCGCAUGCUUAUCGUGGCUGAUGGCACCAAUCCUUGGUCGGUGUCCUCUUGUGAUGCCUUCCUGAGCACCUUUCAAAUCCAUGGCCUGAAGCCAGAGGUCAUCUGUCCCUGUGCUGCUUCCCCCGAGGCAAUGACAGUAGCCAUCCGCAGGCCAGGGCUCCCUGGGGCACCCCUCCCUGCCCGUGCUGUCUUGUCCUUGAGAGGGCUGAGCUGUGGUGUGAUUCGUGUCAAUACAGAGGACAAAAACUCUGCUCUCACUGUGCAAGAUGUUGGACACAUUAUGCCUGGAGCUGUGAUGUGCAUUGUAAAGCCAGAUGGACCACCCCAGCUUUGUAAAACGGAUGAGAUUGGAGAGAUUGUGGUGAACUCUCAUGCUGGAGGAACCAUGUACUACGGCCUGCCAGGGGUCACCAAGAAUGCAUUUGAGGUUAUUCCUGUCAACUCAAGUGGCACCCCAAUAGGGGAGAUUCCUUUUGUGCGGUCUGGAUUGCUGGGCUUCGUGGGGCCGGGCAGUCUGCUGUUUGUGGUGGGAAAGACUGAGGGCUUGCUGAUGAUCAGUGGCCGACGACAUAGUGCAGAUGACCUGGUGGCCACCACCCUGGCUGUGGAGCCAAUGAAAACAGUCUACCGCGGGAGGAUUGCUGUGUUCUCUGUGACUGUCUUCUAUGAUGAGAGGAUUGUGAUAGUGGCGGAGCAGAGGCCUGAUGCCAGUGAAGAGGACAGUUUCCAGUGGAUGAGUAAAGUACUACAGGCCAUAGACAGCAUUCAUCAGGUGGGAGUGUACUGUCUGGCACUAGUUCCUGCAAACACCCUUCCCAAAACACCGCUGGGGGGUAUCCACAUCUCUGAAACUAAGCAGUCCUUCCUGGAGGGCAACCUGCACCCAUGCAACAUCCUAAUGUGCCCUCACACCUGUGUCACAAACUUACCAAAACCACGGCAGAAACAUCCAGUGGGUGUGGGGCCAGCCUCCAUCAUGGUUGGUAACCUGGUAGCAGGAAAAAGAAUCGCGCAGGCUGCUGGAAGAGAGCUGGGGCUGAUUGAAAACCAGGACCUGGUCAGCAAGCACCAAUAUCUGACAGAAGCCCUACAGUGGAGAGCACACACAGACCCAGACCACAUACUCUUUGUACUUCUCAACGCAAAGGGGGUAGCAGUCAGUACAGCCACAUGUGUCCAGCUACACAAGCGGGCAGAGAGGAUCUCAUCUGCUUUGACUGAGAAAGGCAGCAUUAACACUGGCGACAACGUGGUUCUUCUCUACCCUCCUGGUAUUGAUCUGAUUGCCUCCUUCUACGGCUGUCUCUAUGCUGGCUGUGUUCCAGUCACUGUAAGGCCACCCCACCCGCAGAACCUGGCAGCCACACUGCCCACUGUCCGCAUGGUCAUAGAUGUGAGUAAAGCGGCCUGCAUCCUCACCACUCAGGUGCUUAUGAAGAUGCUCAGGUCAAAGGAAGCUGCUGCCACUGUGAACAUCAAAACCUGGCCGGCUAUCAUAGACACAGAUGACCUCCCUCGGAGACACCCUCCCCAUAUUUACAAGCCCCCCACAGCUGAAAUGUUGGCCUAUUUGGAUUUCAGUGUGUCCACCACAGGAAUGUUGACGGGGGUCAAGAUGUCCCAUGCUGCAGUCAGUGCUCUGUGUCGCUCCAUUAAGCUGCAGUGUGAGCUGUAUUCCUCACGCCAAAUUGCCAUCUGCCUGGACCCCUAUUGUGGCCUUGGAUUUGUACUGUGGUGCCUGUGCAGUGUGUACUGUGGACAUCAGUCCAUCCUGAUUCCCCCACUGGAGCUCGAAAGCUGUCUGUCUCUGUGGCUGAGCACGCUCAGUCAGUACAGGAUCAGAGAUACCUUCUGUUCCUACUCUGUGAUGGAGCUGUGCACCAAAGGCCUGGGCAAUCAUACUGAGGCCCUGAAGGCUCGAGGGCUGAAUCUGUCCUGUGUGCGCAGCUGUGUUGUGAUUGCUGAAGAGCGCCCCCGUCUGGCUCUCACGCAGUCCUUCUCCAAGCUCUUCAAAGACAUUGGCUUGUCUCCCCGGGCUGUCAGUACGGCCUUUGGCUCGCGGGUCAACCUGGCAAUCUGCCUACAGGGCACUGCUGGAAUGGACCCCUCCACCGUCUAUGUGGACAGGAAGUCCCUGCGUCACGAUAGAGUACGGCUGGUGGAACGAGGAGCCCCUCAAAGCCUUCCCCUCAUGGCGUCCGGGACGAUCCUUCCAGGAGUAAGAGUGAUCAUAGUGAACCCAGAGACUCAAGGCCCUCUUGGAGACUCCCAUCUUGGGGAGAUCUGGGUAAACAGUCCCCACAGCGCCAGUGGUUACUACACCAUCUAUGGAGAGGAAAAUCUACAGGCCGACCACUUCAACAUCCGGCUAAGCUUUGGUGACCAACAGACCCUAUGGGCCAGAACAGGCUACCUGGGCUUUGUCAAGAGGACAGAGUUGCUGGAUGCAAGUGGAGACCGCCAUGAUGCCCUAUUUGUUGUGGGCUCUCUGGAUGAAACUCUGGAGCUGAGGGGCCUACGCUAUCAUCCCAUUGACAUAGAGACCUCUGUGUCCCGCACACACCGCAGCAUUGCAGAGAGUGCUGUAUUUACUUGGACCAACCUGCUAGUGGUGGUGUUAGAACUGCGUGGGUCUGAGCAGGAGGCACUGGACCUGGUGCCCCUUGUCACCAAUGUGGUAUUGGAGGAGCAUCACUUGAUUGUGGGGGUGGUGGUGAUUGUGGAUCCGGGGGUCAUCCCUAUCAACUCCCGGGGGGAGAAGCAGAGGAUGCACCUGAGAGACUCCUUCCUGGCUGACCAGCUGGACCCCAUAUAUGUGGCAUACAACAUGUGAGGCCUUUAUCAUUCUGGGCUCAGCCGUGAAGCAGAAGAGCAAAUGAAAGCGGGAGAGGGCAAUGACACAAACUGAACAGAUAUUGGUGAGCGUGUGUAUAUGAAAUUCUUCAGCUGUCCUUAGUCCAUCAGUGGGAUUAUCACAAGACACCUCACAUCUGCUCCUUAAACUGAUGUAUGGUAGAGCUGUGAGGGUUAAAAAGGCAGCUUUCCUUCCCCUUUCAGUCACUGGGCUUCCAAAAUGCCUCUCGUCCUUCUCACCUAUAUUCGUCAUACUUGCAGGUGCUUUGGAUACUGAAGCAACAAGCUUUGCAGAUGCAUAGUUUUAUGUGAAUUACUGUCUGUUGGAACUACUGUUGUCCUUCUGCACAGCAACUGCUUUACUAUUUAUGACAGCAGCAGGGGCAAGAUGUUUUGGAAGUGAAGCUCUCCACAGGGAUAAUUGUUUUUUUUUUUUUUUUUCCAAAAUGUUUCUCUGCAUAUAUCUCUAAUCGCAUACAGUUUCAGCUGAACAUUUGUUACCUGUGAUGCUACUA